CGCAUCCACCACACUUUUCUCCGUCUACUUGGGGGAAUAUACAGCGGGGCAGGUGAUCGGACUGGAUAUGUGCUGCUACUUCAAAAUAUGGAUUCAAUACUGAUUUUUCGCCUGUGUCGCUGAUUCUUCUCCACUUGUGAGUCCACACUUUAAGCUCUCCUCUGGAGCUGUUGUUUUUGCGCGUCCUAUAUUUUUGGGGAGGUGUCGACUGGUGGUGUCGAGUCUACUGAUCCCACUUUGGAUGUUUAUUGCUGACUAUUUUUUUUAAUCACUCGUCCAAAUGACUGAGCUCGGGUGCAGCCGGAGACGUGGCUCCCCACUCGGGACGACCUACGGCUAAAGUUUGCAGGGUGCUGGGCUUGCUUUAGGCUGUCCGUCUCCUGCCGUGCACUGGAUUUGCAAGUAGCCAUAAAUUGCAAAAAAAAAAUCAGCGGAUAUCGUAUCUGUCUGCGCACACGCUGGGAAUCAUUCCAAUUGGAUUUAAUACAGCGUCUGGAUUUCACCCCCAUUUAAAUCAUGAAGACCGUCAUUAUUGAUGGGGGGCGCCUCCUCUUCCUGAUGAUGUGGCUGAACCUCGUGCCUCAAACUGACAGCUGCCCUGCCAAGUGUGUAUGCUACAGUGAGCCCAGGCCCACAGUGGCCUGCCAACAACAAGGACUGUUUUCAAUUCCUACUGAGAUCCCCGUGCGGAGUCAGAGGAUAUUUCUUCAGAGCAACAAACUAUCAGUGGUGAGAUCCACCAGUUUCAGCUCAUGUCACAAUCUCACUGUUCUUUGGCUCUAUUCCAACAACAUCAGCUACAUCGAGGCAGGAGCUUUCUAUGGCUUGGAGAAGCUUGAGGAGCUGGACAUUGGAGACAACAGCAAUCUGCGCACCAUUAGCCCUACGGCCUUUCGGGGCUUAACUAAGCUGCAUACCCUCCACUUGCACAGGUGUGGCCUGUCAGAACUCCCUGUUGGAGUUUUCCGAGGAAUGUUCUCCCUACAGUACCUUUACCUGCAGGACAAUAACAUUCUAACCUUGCAUGAUGACACUUUUCUGGACCUUGCCAACCUAACCUAUCUCUACCUGCACAAUAACAAGAUCAAGAUAGUUACGGAUAACAUGUUUCGGGGCUUGAUCAAUCUGGACCGACUGCUUCUACAUCAGAAUCGUGUUAUCUUUGUCCAACCAAGGGCUUUUAGUGAUCUGGGAAGGCUGAAAUCCCUGUUCUUGUUCUUCAACAACCUUACUGUGUUGACUGGGGAGACCAUGGACCCAUUGGUAUCUCUGCAGUACUUACGUUUAAAUGGGAACCAGUGGAUCUGUGACUGCCGGGCGAGGACCUUGUGGGACUGGUUCAAAAGGUUCAAGGGUUCCAGCUCUGAGUUGGAGUGCAAUGUUCCUGAGUUCCUGGCUGGAAAGGACCUGAUAAGACUAAAAAGUGAAGACCUGGAGGGAUGUGUGGAAACACCUCAAAUCCAGACCAAUCUCUUCAGUAAGGCACAGUCUGGCAAGUUCCCUUCCACGGAAAAUCCUCUCGGAGACACUAUUCCAAGGUGUUGCCUUGGAGAGAAUGACAAGUCCUCCAUACUGUCUGGCAAGAGCCGCCAAAUCACCAACAACCCUCUUAAGGAGAAGGAAAACAUGUCUAAGACCAAAUAUAAGGAGCCAGAACGAACGAAAAAUGAGACCCAAAACAAGCAGAAUGAUGGACCGCUUGGGACCUUGUCCAACACAUUGGACAAGUCUUUGGAAAACCUAAACCCUGACCUUAUAGACAAUGUGGAGUCAUCUACAGCAUCAAACAAAAAGAAAAAGAAGUGCUCCAAAAAGCCCAAAUCAGACGCCCACUGCAUUAAAGGCCGGGGUUCUUCCCUGCAAGUGCUGCGCUGUCUUGUCAUUCCCAUGAUCUGGAUAUCUCUAGCCAUGUCUUAGGACUCCUGAUGGGACUCUAAACACAGAACUCAAGAUUGUUGAUGCUCAUGACAAUGAAAACAGAGAGAUGCAGUGACAUCUACAACAGACAGUGACUGAAAAGCCAGGAGUCACAUUGCCCCCACAUGGGAAAAUACUGGCAAUGACGAGGACGUUAGAAUACAUUUAACAAAAUGGAUGCCUUUACAGAACACUACAGAUCUCAUGUAUAUAAUGAAUUGGUGCCCAGAAUUGUUUGUUCUCUAUGUACUUAACUGUACCGUGUCUAAGCUACACUUCAGAGACUCCUCCUUUUUUCCCUCUCAAAAGCUUUUACUGCUUAGACAGAUGACUGGAGGAAUAAAAAAGACAAAAAAAAAAAAAAAAAACCAAGAAAAAAAAACAGGGAAUCAGAGACAGAGUGCACACAAAGAAUGUUGGGUCAGUUUAAUGAGGAAAAUCUACCCCCAUUAUUUAUUCAAAGUGAUGCAUUUGUUGGGUAAUGUUAUGUUUUUUAUGUUUAUAAAAACAGGUGUUUUACCUCCCCCAAUUUAGUUCUAUUUUCAUG